AUUCAACUAGAGCAAACAACCCGUAGCCAACUUGAAUCUGGCACUGCUAAAUUUCACUCUCAACCUCAUUCAAGAUGCCUCGGAAGCCCAAGUCCAUUCCAGGCCCUUCUCGCCUGUCUAUUAUACUGAAGGACCUUAACAAGGAGCCACGACUUUCCUUGACCGGUCUGCGGGGAAUAAGCUUGACGAUGGCUGCAAGAAACGAUCAUUUUGGUGCACGGCAUUUUGUGAAGGAAGAGCUCACACGCAUACGUUAUGCCAAUCCACAACUCAAUGUUGAGGUGAACAAGCGUCCGAAGACGAUACAAGACCUUUGGACGCCUGAGAUGGUCGUCGAGUUUGAGGACGGAGCCAAGACCACCAUCGACAUGUCAAAUAAAUGGUCCACAUCCAUUGCCAAAGAAUUAAUGGACCUUGCUGGCGGUGACUCAUGGAAAGAGUACAAGGCGGCCGCUCAAGCUGCUGGUCUGCCCAUUCUCCCAGGCGAGGAGAAUGAACGCUUAGCAGCUGCUAAGAAACGGACACCGAAGUCGAACCCACGUAGCCCAGAGAAUCUGGAGGCCAUGGUGGAAAAUAUGUUGUCGUCACCUGAGCGUCCGAAGACUGGAGCUGCUGCCAUACUACCAUAGCUUAAUGAUAUUCUCGCUUCAUCAAUUAGACAUGCACGUGUUACCCAAUAACAGAUACACUAAAGACACGUAGUACUGGUGGAAUUGACAUAGGGGGUGGUCCGAUCAUCCAGCGAACC